GGUGGUGCCUAAUUCGACAGUCUCACGAACUUCAACCACCUACAAAGGAUACGGAAUGCUAAGGGGGAAUCUUGUGAUGGGUUUUAAUUAUAUUACAAGAUCAGUUCUUCGUGUUCUCCAGAUGGAAAUGGAGGAAGAAGGGAGAAAGAACGGAAAGAGGACAGCCAGAUCAGCAGAUCUUGAAAAUCGUGAGCCUCAAAUCCAGCUUGUUACAAGCUCGUGUCGUGGUGGCGGCGAACUUGCGAUGUCUAAAGCAGAGAGAAGGGGGCAGAUAAUCUAAACCAUUCUUCCAGAGUGGAACGUGGAGGAGGGAGAGUGAGGAUGAAGAAGAAGAAGAAGAAGAAGAAUGAGGAUAAGUGAUUUGGAUGAAGGAAGCGAGAGACAAGGAUGUGUUACAGCCUUUGUGAAAAGAUGACAUUUCCCUCAAUUUAUUCAAUGAAUGGAAUAUAAGUUU